CCACCCAAACAUUCGUAAACGCUCGUAUGUCAAUCUCUCUCCCUCUCUAAAUAUAUUUUCAACGGCCGACCGGUGCUGACGUACCCGAGACGCUUCCCUCCUCUUUUUUCUCUUCCCCAUUUACUAUCAGAACUCCCACAAAUCUCCGAUCUGGUUUGUGUAUAUAACACAUCGAAAUAUAUAUUAGUUUUUCACACUAAUUUUAUGUAUCAGAAAUGUAUUUAACCUUUAAUUUUUUAUUUUUUUAAUCGUGUAUUGUUCAUUGCGUAUAAUCAGAGAAGUACCUGUUUCUAGGGUUUCUUUCUCUAUAUUCUUCGUAAUCACCUGAUAUAUUGAAAUGGCCGCUCCACCCGCUAGAGCUCGAGCCGAUUACGAUUACCUCAUAAAGCUCCUAUUGAUAGGCGACAGUGGUGUGGGUAAGAGCUGCCUCCUUUUGCGUUUCUCAGAUGGGUCCUUCACCACUAGUUUUAUUACAACCAUUGGAAUUGAUUUUAAGAUAAGGACCAUAGAGCUUGAUGGAAAACGAAUCAAACUGCAAAUAUGGGAUACUGCUGGUCAGGAGCGAUUCCGAACAAUCACUACUGCUUACUACCGCGGGGCAAUGGGUAUCUUGCUGGUAUACGAUGUAACUGAUGAGUCCUCUUUUAACAACAUUAGGAAUUGGAUUCGCAACAUUGAGCAGCAUGCUUCUGACAAUGUCAAUAAGAUAUUGGUGGGUAACAAAGCUGACAUGGACGAAAGCAAAAGGGCUGUUCCGACCUCGAAGGGCCAAGCACUUGCUGAUGAAUAUAAUAUCAAAUUCUUUGAGACUAGUGCCAAGACAAAUUUGAAUGUGGAGGAAGUUUUCUUUUCAAUAGCAAGGGAUAUAAAGCAAAGACUUGCAGAAACUGACACUAAGGCUGAGCCUCAAACCAUCAGGAUCAACCAACCAGACCAAGCAGCGGGGGCUGCACAAGCUGCACAGAAAUCAGCUUGCUGUGGUUAAGCAGUAUAAUCAUGGAUUGAAGAUAGGAUUGCAAGAAUACAUAUCCUCCUCAACUUAUUAACUAUUUUGGUGGGAAAAACUAAUCUUGCUAUGACAAUAUCAGGGUUGCUUGUAUGGUUAUCACUGUUAUUAUUGGCAGCUACUAAUUUUAAUUUUGAAUCAUAGUUCCUAUUUAUUUUGGAAUCUAAUAUAAGUUUUUGUUUUU